CUGAAGCUGACCGGCACGACCUUUGCCCUCGCGGGGGACUCGGCGCACAACCAGGCCAUGGUGCACUGGUCCGGCCACAACAGCAGCGUGAUUUUAAUUCUGACAAAGCUGUAUGACUACAACCUGGGGAGUAUCACGGAGAGCUCACUGUGGAGGUCAACUGAUUAUGGGACGACAUACGAAAAGCUAAAUGACAAAGUGGGCCUGAAGACUAUUCUGAGUUACCUCUAUGUUUGUCCAACUAAUAAGCGCAAGAUUAUGUUGCUUACUGACCCUGAGAUUGAGAGCAGCCUGCUGAUCAGUUCUGAUGAAGGAGCCACUUAUCAAAAAUAUCGGCUGAACUUCUAUAUCCACAGCAUGCUCUUCCACCCCAAGCAGGAGGACUGGAUCCUGGCCUACAGUCAAGAUCAGAAGUUGUACAGUUCAGUUGAGUUUGGAAGAAGAUGGCUACUUCUCCAGGAAAAUGUAACACCAAACAGAUUCUACUGGUCCAGGAUGGGAACCAGUAAAGAGCCAGACAUUGUCCAUUUGGAGGCAAAAACUGUGGAUGGUCAUGCUCAAUACAUCACUUGCAGGAUGCAGAACUGCUCUGAAGCAAUAAGAAGUAAACCUUUUCCAGGAUACAUUGACUUUGACUCCCUCAUUGUCCAGGAUGAUUAUGUGUUUGUUCAGCUGACAUCGGGAGGUCGGCCUCAUUACUACGUGUCCUAUCGGCGAAGUGCAUUUGCGCAGAUGAAGCUUCCUAAAUAUGCAUUGCCAAAGGACAUGCACGUUAUCAGCACGGAUGAGAAUCAGGUGUUUGCUGCAGUUCAGGAGUGGAACCAGAAUGAUACAUACAAUCUUUACAUCUCUGAUACCCGAGGGGUUUACUUCACCCUGGCUUUGGAAAAUGUCAAGAGCAGCCAAGACCUGGAGGGCAAUGUGAUGAUAGACCUCUAUGAGGUAGCAGGGAUAAAGGGAAUGUUCUUGGCUAACAAGAAGAUUGACAACCAAGUGAAAACUUUCAUCACAUACAAUAAAGGACGAGACUGGCACUUGCUGCAGGCCCCGGACACAGAUCUGAGAGGAAACCCAGUUCACUGCCUCCUCCCUUAUUGCUCCCUACAUCUUCAUCUGAAGGUUUCAGAGAACCCAUACACUUCUGGAAACAUUGCUAGUCGGGAUACUGCCCCAGGCAUCAUUGUGGCCUCUGGCAACAUUGGAACUGAGUUAUCAGACAACGAUAUCAGCAUGUUUGUUUCAUCUGAUGCUGGCAACACUUGGAGACAAAUCUUUGAAGAGGAACACAGCGUUCUUUAUCUGGAUCAAGGUGGGGUUUUGGUUGCCAUGAAACAUACAUCUCUGCCUAUCAGACAUCUCUGGUUAAGUUUUGAUGAAGGAAGAUCCUGGAGCAAGUACAGUUUCACUUCCAUCCCACUUUUUGUCGAUGGGGUGUUGGGAGAACCUGGAGAGGAAACCCUAAUAAUGACAGUUUUUGGACACUUCAGCCAUCGCUCUGAGUGGCAACUAGUGAAAGUAGAUUACAAGUCAAUUUUUGACAGAAGGUGUGCUGAUGAUGACUACCGACCCUGGCAGCUUCAUAGCCAGGGAGAAGCAUGUAUCAUGGGAGCAAAAAGGAUCUAUAAGAAGCGUAAGUCAGAAAAGAAAUGCAUGCAGGGAAAAUAUGCUGGAGCUAUGACAUCUGAACCAUGUGUUUGUACAGAGGCGGAUUUUGACUGUGAUUAUGGAUUUGAGCGUCACAGCAAUGACCAGUGUUUGCCAGCAUUUUGGUACAAUCCGUCUUCCUUAUCCAAAGACUGCAGUCUUGGCCAGAGUUACCUCAACAGCACUGGGUAUAGGAAGGUUGUAUCUAAUAACUGCACAGAUGGUGUCCGUGAACAGUACACAGCCAAGCCUCAGCAAUGCCCUGGCAAGGCUCCGCGUGGGCUUCGAAUUGUCACUUCAGAUGGCACAUUGACAUCCGAACAAGGACACAAUGUUACCUUCAUGGUCCAGCUGGAAGAGGGUGAUAUCCAAAGGUCAAUAAUACGCGUGGACUUUGGAGAUGGCAGUGCCGUGUCAUACGCCAAUAUCAGCUCGACAGAAGAUGGGAUCAAGCAUGUCUACCAGAAUGUGGGGAUUUUCCGAGUGACAGCGCAGGUGGAAAACAGCCUGGGGGCAGACAGUGCUGUCCUGUACUUGCAUGUAAAUUGCCCUUUGGAACACGUCCAUUUAUCACUGCCAUUUGUAACAACAAAGAAUAAAGAAGUUAAUGCCACAGCCGUGCUGUGGCCCAGUCAAGUUGGAACAUUAACUUACAUCUGGUGGUUUGGAAACAACACAGAGCCACUGAUCACCCUGGAAGGGAGCAUCACAUUUACAUUCUCUACAGAAGGGAUGAACACUAUCACAGUGCAGGUUUCUGCAGGGAAUGCCAUCCUUCAGGACACCAAGACAAUUGCAGUGUAUGAACAAUUUCAGUCUUUACGGCUAGCCUUCUCUCCAAAUCUUGAUGAAUACAAUCCUGACAUUCCUGAAUGGAGACGGGACAUCAGUCGAGUUAUCAAAGGAGCACUUGUUGACGCAACAGCUAUUUCCAGCAAACACAUUUUGGUGGCAGUCCUGCCCAGUUUACCCACAUCUGCUGAACUCUUUAUUUUGCCCUAUAAGGAUCCCACAGGAGAAGACAAACAGACGGCAGAAGAUCUGCAACAGAUUUCAGAAAUAUUAGUCCAGAAACUGACUCAAAACUCCAUCCAGUUUGACUUAAAACCUGGGGUUAGAAUCCUUGUUCAUGCUGCCCAUUUAACAGCAGCCCCUCUUAUAGAUGUCACACCUAGCCACAGUGGUUCAGCCAUGUUGAUGCUGCUCUCCGUGGUGUUUGUGGGCUUGGCAGUAUUUGUAAUCUACAAAUUCAAAAGGAAGUAUUUCCACAGUUGCUGAGACUCAAAGCACAAAAGAGAUCCCUACCUGUAUAAAUGUUUGAAACAAAGACACCGGUCUAUCUGUCUCCCCUUCACCCCA